AUGAGCGGGAACAUUCCUCGUGAGCCUGAGCCUGUCCCCGAACUUGGCGCAGAGCCUGAAAUGCACAACCCCGCCGUUCAAGACUGCCGGGAAUCUCUCGAGAUGACCCGGCUAGAAGCACUACAUACCCUUGAUACCUGUCGCCAUGUCAUUGCGACCCUCGAGCUGACCAGGCUACGCAAAACUCGCACCGGAUUGUACCAUUGGAUCGCUUUUUGGGAACGCCUGUACGAGCGCUCAUUCGCCAAUCUGUUAACAUCUCGAGUGAUGGCCGCUUUGUACAAGGUCGACGCUUUAUUUCGCGCCGUUGCUUUCGAACUCCACCAAUUGACACAGAGAACUGAACUCUCCGUAGCAAGUGCUUCAACUGAGAGGGAAAUACUCGGUAUACUUGAGAGAAUGGAGAGCGAGGUGAGCAAAAAAGGGAGGCGACGACGCAGAAAGGCUCAGCAUCUACUUGACAAAAUGCGCCACAGCAUGGAAUUGAUCCCAGUUAAAGUCGGCAACGAGCUCUUUGACGACAUGAAACGCGGUGUAUUUGCUCUUGAUGUCUAUUGUGACUACCACCCAGGAGAUCCGGCAGCGGAGCGGACGGAGCAAACGUGGUCCCAACAUUACAUCGACCAACCUGUUGGUCUAGUUGCGGUCUCUCCAUAUCUCUACAGGCAGUGGCGCGAGACCGCAGUUUCUUCGAUUACGUCUCUCCCAUUGACGGCCUACAGCCCAAACACUCGCUGGACAGACACUUUGGAAUGGCCGAAUGAUGGCAGCAUUGAAGACGGCCGCUCGAUACCCGGAGAGGGUUGA